CAGGAAAGUUACGAAUUGGUGUAAAACAGAAAUUUUUAACAGCGGAUAUCAUCCAAAAACAUUCCUCUUAAUUCUCAAAAAUAACUGAGUAGCUUUACCUUUGUAUGAUGGCUGACGAUAGUCUUUUAAACGAUUCCAAUUUGGCCACUCUUGGAAGCAAUGAUGAUGAAGCCGAGCUUCUCAUAGAGGAUGAUUAUCUCAAGGGAUCAGAAUUGCAAAUUGAUCCCGAGCUGGAGGCCAUCAAAGCACGGGUGAAAGAGAUGGAAGAAGAGGCGGAAAAGUUAAAACAGCUGCAGUCAGAAGUCACAAAACAGAUGACCCUAGGCUCACCUACCGGCUCUACGCCCAUGUUGACUGCGGAAGAAAAGGCCGAGGUUGACAAUAGAUCCAUCUACGUAGGUAACGUUGACUACGGUGCGACAGCAGAGGAGUUAGAAGCUCACUUUCAUGGAUGCGGCGCAAUUAACAGAGUUACGAUCCUCUGUAACAAAGCCGACGGUCAUCCAAAAGGAUUUGCGUAUAUCGAGUUUGGAUCAAAAGAAUUUGUUGAGACUGCUCUCGCUAUGAAUGAAACACUAUUCCGAGGAAGGCAGAUCAAGGUAAACCCGAAGCGUACGAAUCGUCCAGGAAUGUGCCAAACCAAUCGGUUUCCUCGCGGAGUACGAGGACGAGCCGCUAGAGUAUCAAGAGCCUGCUGUUAUGGAGCGCACCGUGGCACCAGGAGACCCAUUCGGGGCUACCGUGGCCGAGCUACGUAUUACGCACCUUAUUAAAGGGUGAAAAUUCCUAUAUCUAGAUGUAUAACCAGACUAGACGUUAGGAUAUUUAGCUAAACGUAGGGAUAAUAAAAAAUAUAUAAUGAUAUUUUUCAAAAAACAUUAUUUGUAUCCAUCACACCUCGAAAAUUGUGCGCUUGCAGCGUGUAGCCUUCUCGGCCACAGCUUGCUUAACGCGCAACAGAAGCAAAAAUGCCCAAAUACACCCUAUCACCAGCAGAAAUAAUGUUUUUUGAAAUCCCUGAAGCAGACACUGCGUUUGGCAUAGUUCAAAAGAAAGUGAUGAACAGAAACGCUACAAAAAAUACAGUGGAUAAUAAAAAAGGACAAAAAAAUCGAAAGCUCCACAAAAAACUGAAAUAAAUGUCGAUUGAAAAAAAUCGAAAAAGUCCUUUUGAAAUAAAAAGAAAAGAUAAAGAUGGCAUCAUGUAGAAAAAAUGCAUAUAUCUUAAAAAAACGGAUAACCAGAUGCCCACCAACCAUAAAUCGAAGAAAAGAUGGUAUUGAAAACAAAUACGGCGCAUAUUUGAGAAGAGAAUACAAUAUUGGUUCAAAGUAAUUGAAAAAAAAAUCGUACAAGAACAAACAACAGAAAACAGGUGACACACUAGAAGAGACAACAUAAAACGCGCCUAUCAAAA